AUGGCAAGGCUGUUCGCAGGGGUGGCCACACGCCUUCUUUGCCUUUCCACAUUCCUGCUGGCAGUGUCGAUGGGCGUCUUCACAUUGCCCCGGCUUGUGACAUGUCUUGCGGCAGGUGUGGGAGCCACAUUUCAGCACCUUGCCGCACACGAGACCGCAGAGGACCUCGGCUCGCCAGCAGUAUUGAUUUUUCAGCGUUUUCUUCCCGCAGAGACAGUCUUUCUCGGUCAAGAACGGACAGUUGGGGCAAUUUUCCUCCUCUGAAUGGCAGUUGUGCACCACUGGUGGGUGACCGCAGUCCUUCGUCCGGGUACAGGGGAAGUUGCAUGGAGGCGGUCGUGUGCCACACGGAAGAGGUGCUUGAAGCAUAGUCCGCCCACAACUGCACGAGAUAUCAUCGAAUAUGGCCUCUUUACAGCUGCCACAUGGUCCACGAUGACACAGAUCUGUACAAUCGUGGUUCCCGCAUUU